CGCAGUACUCCCUCGGCCUUCACGAUGAGCGCCGUUCACUGCGAGCCACCGCCGUCACCACCUUCACCGCCGCUAACGAUUGGGUGCGUUGUGCCUCCGCGUGACGUCACAAGGUACUUAACUCCAUUAGCUGUGACGGGAGUGGCUGAAGAAUGAGCGAGACCCGACACGCGCAUAACACACCUGAGGGAACACGUGUGCAGGGAGACGAGCCUGAGGAAGGGAGACAGCGCUGCCCUGCUCCUCCGCCCCUCGGCAACCCUUACCCUCCCCCUCUCGUCGCGUCGCGGGCCCUGCAGCGUAACAAUAUAAUGAGAGUCCGUGGGUGGAGUGCUGCGAGGGGCUGCGCGGGCGGGCGUACGAGCGAACACCUGGACAACGUGACCCAGACUAUUGAGACGCUCCUGCACGGCUACGAUAUCAGACUGAGGCCCAACUUCGGCGGUGAGCCUUGCUACAUCGGCAUGGACAUCACAAUCGCCUCUUUCGACUCCAUCUCCGAAGUGAACAUGGACUACACCAUCACCAUGUACCUCAACCAGUACUGGAAGGACGAGCGCCUGGCCUUCAGCUCCAGCGACGAGCUCCUCACGCUGCCCGGGGACUUUGCCGAGAAGAUCUGGGUCCCGGAUACCUUCUUCGCUAACGACAAGAGCAGUUACCUGCAUGACGUCACCGAGAAGAACAAGAUGGUGAGGCUGCACGGGGACGGCUCCAUCACGUACGGCAUGCGAUUCACCACCACUCUGGCCUGCAUGAUGGACCUCCACUACUACCCGCUCGACACGCAGAACUGCACCGUCGAGAUCGAGAGCUACGGCUACACAGUGGACGACGUGGUAAUGUACUGGAAGGAGGUCCCUGUGGUGGGCGUGGAGGAGGCCGAGCUACCCCAGUUCACCAUCAUGGGCUACGAGGCGAAUGACCGCACCGAGUCACUGGCCACGGGGGUCUAUAGGCGGCUCUCCAUCAGCUUCAACCUCACGCGAAACAUCGGUUACUUCGUGUUCCAGACUUACCUGCCCAGCAUCCUCAUCGUCAUGCUAUCCUGGGUGUCCUUCUGGAUCAACCACGAGGCGACGUCCGCGCGUGUGGCCCUGGGCAUCACUACCGUGCUCACCAUGACCACCAUCAGCACGGGGGUCAGGUCGUCGCUGCCCAGGAUCUCCUACGUGAAGGCCAUCGACAUCUACCUUGUGAUGUGCUUUGUGUUCGUGUUCGCCGCCCUACUGGAGUACGCGGCCGUCAACUACACCUACUGGGGCCAGCGGGCGAAGAAGAAGGCGAAGAAGAUGAAGGAAAGCAACGGCCAGCAAAACAAGCAGUCGCCGGCCAUCAAAGCGGACGGCGUGUCGACUAACGAGGAGAUCAUUGAGCUGCAGGAUAUUCGCAUGUCACCUAUCCCCUCCAUCAGGCAGCGACACAACUCCAAAUUCUUCCCGUCGGAGGGCUCCAUGCAGGACCUCAAGUUCCCGCCGUCAUUCCGCAUCAACCGAAACUACUCCUUCCCGACCCGCUCCAGCAUCCACGCCCCCCGCGCCCCCAACAGGAAGCGGGUCAUCUCCUCCAUCAAGAAGGGCGCGUCUGCCAUCAAGGGCGCCAUACCCACCAUCAAGGACGUUAACAUCAUCGACAAGUACUCGCGGGUGGUGUUCCCCCUCUCCUUCGUCUUCUUCAACACUGUGUACUGGUGCUUUUAUGUGCUUUAAAGGCGAGGAGGAGGUGUUUAAGGCCUCUAUUUGCUCCCAUACCCCCAUCCCCAUCCCCCCUCUCCCUAACUCAUAUCCCCUCACAUCCCCCCCAUGUCAUAGCGGUAUCCUAAUCAUCCUUCUCCCCCCGCUUCAUCAUCGUCAUCACACUCCUAUUCCUCGUCAUCCUUGUCGUUCAUCAUCCUUUUCCUCAUUGUUAUCCUCUUUCUCCUCCUCCUCGUCCUCCUCCUCCUCCAGUCAUAUUACACAAAUCCUCAUCUUAUUCCUCAUCGUCAUCCUCCUCCUUCCCCUCCUCCUCCCACAUCACCCAAGUAUAUACGCUGGAGGUUUGCGUGCGUGCGUGUGUGCGUGCGUCCCCUGCUAUGCCCCCCGCCGCGCCCCUGCUUCCAGUGUGACCCCUACAAUCUUGUCGUCAGGAACUACUACAAUUGUGAUAUGAGCCGCCCCGCCCCCGCCCCCUAUCCCCCCACCCUCAGACUUUGCCUCGGCCCCCUGCACACCCUGUCAGCUCGGAGUGGCCUCGGAAGGGCGUGAAGGAAGGACCUGUACCUGCCGCCCCUCCUGCCCCCUGCCCAUCGUCUCCCUGCCCUUUGGUGCUCAGGUCUUCCCGUCGGCGCCGUCUCAGGACCCGCGCGCUGACACACGUGCAACAGCAGCAGCAGCAAGGGCAAUGAACAGUCUAUUCCCGUCGCCAGCUCCACACGGCUGUCUUGGCCUCUGCUGCCCCGCCCCUCCCGCCCCACACACUCCGCCACACUCGCCCCGGCCUCAGCCACAGCCACAGCCACAGCCACAGCCACAGCCACAGCCACAGCCACAGCCUCCUGAAGCUCGCAAACUCACCCGUACAGAGUUUCUCAUACGCCUUGGUUCGCAUACACAAAUUCGACAUCAGGUGUCAUCGUCCUUGGACUGCAAUGGAAGAUAAAAUGUCUGCUUUCUUUUCACUAUUAAUGGUUUGUGUGUUCCGUGAUGGCCAGUGGUCCGUGCACUCCAUGGCGGCCGGCGGCGGGCCAUCCAAGCGUCUGCCAGCAGUAGCGCUGAUCCCGCUGAUGCUGCCCGCGGCUGUUGUCAGGGUCAGGGCGAACAGCACGAACGAUGCGAUGGUGUGAGGCUGCCGCGCCCUGACGCACCCAAGUUCCCCGCGUGGACCCCCUUCGUUACGGAACGUCGCACCGCCGCCUGUCGGAGGGUGGCGGGCGUGCCCUGGCGCGGUUGACACCCAACAGCCGGGGCUUGUUAAGGGCUGCGCCUCGCCUGCCACGGAGGACGAAAUGGAAAGUGCUCCAAAAAUCCGUUGUACACACUUGAUUUUCACUUGUUUGUGUGCAUCGUGAUCGCAGCUCAACAGCGUGUGACGUGCCGUGAUUAGCCAAACAUUUCCAUCGUGUGACUGAGCUGAUCGGCGGUGUGCAAUACAAACAUGCCUCUCCGGCAAGACACAAGUGUUUUCUGACCCAGCCUCUACCAGCUGACCUUGUUUUAAUGUACAGUUCCUUUUUUAUAUAUAUAACCAGAGCUUUAAAUUGUGAACCCGUUUAAUGAUUUCCCGACGGAACUGCAAUGUGCCUACGUCAGCAAAUACUCACAUGACCAUGGAAUGGUGGCCAUAGCAACCAGUCAACCACAUCGCCUCCAGGCAACCAGCGUCGGGCCACACCACACCCGUACAAGAGGCAGGCCGCCACACUCCCCAGCCAUACUCCCCGCCUGUCCCUGUCCCUCAUACGCCCCUACCUCUCUUCUUCGCUCGGGUUUCUCGGAGUCGCGGCCAACCAGAGAAGGCUGGCAAGUAUUAUUAGCUCGUACUAGUGGGCCGGACGGCCGUCGACGCAACCCGUGUUGUGAUCCUCACAGCAGCAGGACAAAACGCUGUUCACGUGACAAUACUCGAUGCAGCUGACACGCUUGCUUAGGCUUCCCUUCCUCCCGCCCUCACUCUCUCCCUUGCUGAGACACGUUUAUCAAUAAUUAUUGUGUACGUUUGGCAGAUGGUGAAGCUUCGACCUUUCCGGCGUUGUGGUGAUGCCAAGCCUUUGUGUUGCGCAGUGUGUUCCAGGGCUGAGGGUGCGAGGACUUGUUUUCCGAACAUGCGCGCGCGCGUUCAGUCGUUAAUUAUUAUGAUUAGAUACAUUUGAUUCUCACAGCCUUCACCACAGGCGACACUGAACAGCCUCCCACACACUCACUUGGUAGAAUCUGCAGAUGGAAAAUUUGUCAGCGUCACCCUUUGGGAAGACCACCAAGGGGAGGCUUCCUUGUACUACAUCCUUUAAACUUCAAUUGAAUACACACACACACACACACACACACACACACACACACACACACACACACACACACACACACACACACACACACACACACACACACACUUUUAACAAUUGCUGAAGCCUCCGAAGAGUCUGUGUCUGGGUC